AUGUUUCCCAAACAAUCCUCUAACUUUAUCUUUUACGUCAUCAAUAUUAUUUUGGCAAAAUUUGGUGGCUUAAUCAACAUUGAAGCAAUCAUCAUAUUGAUUUCCAUUAUUUACCAAAUAAUCUAUAAGAAAUCACUUAAAGAUCAUUUAAUUAUUGAUUUCAAUACUGCUUCUUUAUUAACUGACAAAGAUUGGGAAAAAUGUAUCAAACCAAUAGGUUUAAGAAUAUUAUUCUUAUCACAUUUAAAACAACAAAAUGAUAAUGAUAAUAAUAAUAAUACAGAUUACGUAGAUACUAUAAGAAAAAGAGUAAAAAACACUGAUGGCAGUGAUAGUGGUAGUAAUAUUAAUAAAGAUUAUGAAGCAAAUGAUAUUUCAGAUGGGUUGUUCCAACGUCAAGCAUUCCUUCAUCCAGAAAUUGAUGAUCCUAUAAAAAAAAAUAAUAAUAACGAUUUUAACAAAGAUUAA